CAGCGCGCGCGGUCACGCCUUUGUCGGAGGUUCGGCCCCGCUGGCAGUGGUAUGUGCAUACCGAGAAAAGCCCCCUUUUCCCGCACGUUUCUCCAGUUUUCGUUUCCUCCAUUUCUCACACACGCACAGAUGCCCAUGGAGUGGAGGGAUCAGCAAGCGUCGGUGCCUUUCAGAGCCGUCGAGCAGACUCGUGCUGUCCCUUGGACUCGCGUGGGUGAUUCUGCUUGUUCCUCCACCCAAAUCGAGCUCCGCUGCUCAAGAUACUUGGCGUUUUUGGAAUUGAAGCCGACACACCACGGUUUCCCUGGUUUGUCUGCUCAGGUUCUUCUCUGGCGAAAAACGUCUGCACUCUCGUCUCUUCGCCGCCUCGGCCUCUCCAAGGGGGCACCGGGAUCUACGCAGUUCAGCAGACGGAUGCUGAGAUGAUGUCGCUCGGUUGGUUUGUUGAAAUCGCACCUUUGUCAUUUUCGAGGGGAGAGCGGACAUACGUUUGCGCUGGUUGUCUCCACGUGAAACGAUGUGCUUUCUUGCAAAGUCUCUGCGUCCCUUCUUUUGUGGCGCGUUUGUCGUAGACUUCGUCGAGCACCCUCGCGAUACACUUUAUACGCGUCUCCUUCCAAAACCUCCCCGUGUUUUCUGAAAUUGCUCUCAUACCUGUUCUAUUAGACGACCUCAAAUGAGGACUCGUCGGGAUCGGAGUCAACGUGUAGAUACCUUCGUCUCGAGUCUGUGAGGAGGGGCAGCUACGCUGUGACCCGACAUCGCGCCCAGUAAAUGAAUGCUCAGUGGUGCGGAACCUCCGGAUCGGAAGUCCGUCCAUGUGUCUGUUUAUAUUUUCUGUUUUUGUGCCGAUAGGUAAUGCCACAGGUUCUUAAGUCUACACCUACGUGCAUGUAUCUGUGUACAGAGCUAGUCAAGAGCACGUAGGUAUAGCUGUUCGUGCAUAGUGUCUCGAUGUAAGCGUUUCCGCGCUGCUCGUUUUUGCUACUUGCGCGGCCACACAAUUGCAGCGAAUGAGGUCCUGUGGAACACCCGAGAAGAGGGAUGAGUCUCUUGCUAAGACUCUGAGGAGACUGAGGACAGUGGGAAGUGGAGGGACAGUUCGCUUCUCGGGACGAAUCCGCCCGUACCCCUUCCAAAGAGCCGUUUUGACGAUGCGGUUCGCUUCCUUUUUAGACCGAAAGUGUUCGCUUCCUCUCCGUCUUCUCGCCGUCCUCUCUCUCACUUCCUCACCUUAGACGUUCUCCUCGAAAACUCGCGACCACGUUUCUCUGCGGCCACCAGCUUGUCAGUGACAGGUCGCUUCUUCUUUGCAUCUCUUCAUCUGCACACCUCUGUGAGCGACGUCCCGCUGCUGCCCGCCUCUGCUGCGUCUGGUCCUCUCUGUCAUUUUCUGCUCUGCCCGCCUUUGUCGCCUGCUCUGGGUGCACCUUCUCCAUUCUCUUUGUCGCCAUGAGGCGCCGGGGUCGCUACCGGCCUCCGGGGGAGUUGCUGAUGAGGGUACCUCUGUUUCUGCUCUUCGGCAUCGGCUUCCUCCUCGCGGCGGGGACGUUCUUCUUCUUGAAGGGAUUUUUUCUCUCCAGAGUCGAGCUCGGCGUGUUCUCCUCUGCCUCGGAGUUGCCGUUUCCUCUUCUCUUUCCGCAUCUGCACCCGACUGCGGAGGCCAGGCCCCCAGCCACAGCCCAGGAGCCUCCUGCGACAGCGCGAGAACGCGUCGGAGGCACCCAGGCGCGACAAGCAGACGGGGAUCGAAGGCGUGCAGCCUCGGCGGAGUCUUCUCUGCCCUCCAGAGGUCCUGCCGCUUCUGCCAAUCCCCCCGCUCCCGGAGCGCCCUCCAGUUCUUGGGUCUCUGUAUAUCCGUACGAACGACUUCUCCUCAUCCUCGUAGACGCCCUGCGCUUCGACUUCGCGUGGUGGGAACCAGGGAAGAGGCCAGUCCCGCUGCCUCCGCAUCUGAAGACUCCUCGCUUUUCUUUGACGCCGUGGCGAGACCGCGGCUCGGCCUCCACUUCCCCCUCUCCUUCCCCUGACUCUGCUGCAGCCCCACAGGUGGAGAAGGCGCCGUGGACGCAGCCGAGGGACUUGAGCUUCUUCUCCGAGUUCUUCGGCGAGGUGGACAGACACCUAGAAGACUCAACGAACUCCAGUGUCGAGACCCCCGAGGCUCCCCCCCACCACAACUACAUGCCCUUUCUCCACUUUCUUCUCGCUCACGAUCGCCACCUCGUCUCGACUUCACCCUUCUCUUCCCGCCUUUUCAUUUUCGAGGCUGACGCGCCGACAGCCACCACACAAAGACUGAAAGCCCUCGGAUCUGGAACGGUGCCCACAUUCUUCGAGAUCCGCGAAUCCUUUGACUCGUCUCGAAUGACUGAGGACAGUCUGCUGUGGCAGCUGCGCAACAGCGGCAGAGCGUCGGUGGCACUCGGUGACGAGACAUGGGAAAGCCUCUAUGGCCACUUGCUGACCGAGUCGCGUUGCUCGCCGUCCUUCGACAUCCACGACAUCCACACGGUCGACGAAGGCGUGCUCCGGAACCUGGGUGGGUUCCUCCCCUACGCGGAAACCCAGUGUUGCCCAUCAACUGACCUCAACUGCAAAGGACCCGCCGAAGGUUCUGCUGCUUCUUCCACGUCUUCCUCCCCCGUUUCCUCUGUCUCCGGCGUUUCGCCUGUGCACUGGUCGUUUGUGGUCGGGCAUACCCUGGGCGUCGACCAUGUAGGACACAAAGCUGAAGUUCGCAGUCCGCUGCUGAGCGCCAAGCUCAGGCAGAUGGAUCGCCUCAUUCUGAAUUUGGUGAUACAUCUGCUCGAGCAGUCUGCAGACGAGUGUGGCUCUGCAAAGGCGCGUAAACAGCAAGGCACACCUGUCUCAGUCCCUGCUUCCCCGUCUUCUUCUCCGUCUUCGUCAUCUAGUGGAGGUUCCUUGGAUGCUGCCUCGACACCUGCCGUCAACCGAACUCUUCUGAUGGUCAUGGGAGACCACGGCAUGACUGAUGAUGGAGCCCAUGGAGGCGCGCUGAACGAGGAAAUCGACGCAGCUCUCUUUGUCUUUUCGCUGCUUCCCUUCUCGUUCACCACCGCGGAUGUGGACAACUUCGGCUCUCCUCUCCCGCUGUUCCCAACGCCGCUUCCACCCUACAUCCGGCACCACUCCGCAGUUUCCUCCGUGUCUUCGGUUUCCUCUUCUGUCGACUCGACCUCGUCUCCUGCAUAUCGACCGAGGCGGAUUCGGCAGGUCGACUGGACGUCCACUGUUGCUCUUCUUCUCGGUCUCCCCAUUCCCUUUUCCUCCCUUGGCUCGCUGAUCCCCGACAUUGUUCCGUCGCUCUCCUCUUUCGUACCCGCGUGCGGUGCCCUCGCCUCAAACGCGUCUUCCUCUUCUCCUCCACCUUCAUCUUUACCUUCUUCUGCUUCUCUGCACACAUCGCUCGCGUUUCGUUGCAACGACAUGUUCUACCUGGUGCAACUGCAGCACAUUGUGGCCUGGAAUCAGCGACGGGCGAUCGACGCGUACGUGGAAACCACCAACUGCAGAGCGGUGGUCGACGAUGGCCGCGUGCGCCGUUCCUGGACGCAUCUUUCUGAGCUGUUUCGGCGUCUCCAGAGUCUCCUCGCGCGUCUUCCUCCCUCUUUCAAACGCCGCCUGACUAUGCAAACAGAGGACAUCUCGGGUGUUAACGAGGGACCAGGUCGCGAAGGCAACGGACUGUCCACGAACGGCUCCAGGCCGUUCGACGAUGAAAGGUGGACCGAUAAAGCAGAAAGUCAGAAUGACCCUUCAUCCCCUCCCCUGGCUGCGUCUUCUGUGGACGGACUGGUUGCUGAGAUACUGCCGGUCGCGUCUGCGUACGCGCGUGCAUGCGCGGAGUUUUCGCGUGCCGUCUUCGAUGCCAGCAAAGUCCAGUUUUCGACGUUCGACAAGUAUCUGAUCUUCAUGGGUAUUUUGGUGUGCAUUGCAGCUGUUGUCGUUCUCCAGUGGCUGCUUCGUCUGCACGAAAAGAACGAAACCGCCGGAGAGCCGAGCGCACAAACAGGCACUCCCCUAAACGCAGAUCCUCGUCCUCGGGGAGGCUUCAUAGGGCAGCCUGCGCCGAGGAGUGAAGUGGCGGCACAGGCUGCAGAGCGAAGCGUAGAGAGCGGCGGGGACGCCCGCACUGAUCCUCAGAAUGGGCUGUCGGGAUCAGGCAAGAAAUGCGAGGCGGGGGAAAAAGAAAUACACACAACAGACGAAGAAGCAGCGCUUCUGUGCGCCACCUCACCGAAUAUUCAAAAAUCCUCCGGUGCGAGUUUCCCAGCAACUUCGCCUUGUCAUGCAGCGCUCGCGAGCCCUAGAAGCUCGGGUGUGUACUUGUCUGUCUUUUCGUGGUGGAGGAAAAUCGCGAACUUCUACGGAACCUUCGUGGUCGGGCCGGUUCUCGCCAUCGUCGUCUACAGCGACUGCUACUGCAUGCGCGAGCACGCAGCCGUCCGCUUCCUUCUGUCACUUGCGGUCGCGGCUGUCGGCGUCAGUCUCUUCCUCGCGACUCAGGCGUUGGGCUCCACGACCGCGGUCCACCAGCCAGAGGGGGCACAGAGCUGUAGCGAGCCACCGCUCGAGGGCGAGCAGACAGCGAGGCUCGAGCCGAAGAAAGGGGGACAGGCCUCAAGGCGACAGAGACUGAGAGCCGAGAAGGUAGCACAGGACGACGGAUUCAGAGGGCAGCGACGGCGACUACGCGAGAAUAUGUUCAAAACGCUGCUUUUGUUGGUUCUGCUACGAGUUGACGGCCUCGUCGACCCUCUCGAAGCGCUGCCGGGAUCUCAGCCUGCACCGAUUGUCAUGGACUCUGCGUUGCUCUCUUCCUUUCUCGUUUUCCUCUGUUUCCACUUUCUUACCUCUCCGUUCCUCAAAUCAAAAGCUUCUUCCUCUCCCUCCGCUUCUUCCUCUUCUUCCUCUUCUUCCUCUCUCUCUAUCUCCGCUUCUGCGUCUUCGUUUCGCAGCCAGGUGUCUGCAGCGAUUGCCCGCGACGCCUUCUUGUCGCUGACUUCAUCUGUGGUCCAGUGGAGUUUUCGGAUUCAGUGUUUUGCGCUUUCUCUCUACUUUUUCUGCCAAGUGCUGACGAGCUCGAGCUCUUCGUUUGCGUCUGCUCGCGAUCCGGCCAUCGCUCUCUGGCCGUGGGCUGACCUCUCUAGCAGCUUCUUCUCUUCGGAGCUGCCUUUCUUUCUCUCUUGUUCUCUGCUCUCCGGGAUCUUCGCGCCAGUCUUCGCAGUGCCAGCCUUCUUCUUCGCGCUGCUUCGCUCGCUGCACUCCUGGGCAGGCGCCUGUCUCUCCUGGAUGUUCCCGCUGUGCGUCGGCUGGGGCGGGAGAGGGUCUAGCGAACUUGCAGGCUGGGUGGCGCGCCUCUUGGAAGUGGAAAAGAUGCUUUUCACCUCGAAGGGAAACGCGAGACUUCUCGAACGCAGCCUGCGUGCGUCGGCGCUCGAGCACCUCCGCGACCUCGCCCACCACCUCGUGCGUCUUCUUCCGCGUCUCGUCUUUUUGCUCACUGUUUUGACCACCGGGUAUGCACUCGCGUCCUCGACGGUCUUCGCUCUUCCUUUCUCGAGUCGACUGCGUUGUCGAAAACGCAGCGACGAGACUGAGAAACCGGGGUCCCCUACCCAGAGAGAAUGGGUCGCGAAGCGCGGUUCACUGCCGCCCACAGGCGCCGAGCAAGCAGUCGCCACCGUCGUGCGGUGCCUCUACACUGUGAUCUGUGGCCUCCUUCCAUCCUUCAUGGUUCUUUUGGGAACAGCGAGGAUCUUUCCGCUCUUCAUCACUCUCGCAGAGGCGGCGCUGCUUCUCGACCUUCUCGUCGCGGAGUUCUAUUUGCCUGCGGACCAGACGGCGCGAACGCGACUCGCGGUCCAGAAUGAAUGCCGCAUGUGUCGUCUCGCCCGCAGUAGCUUUCCGGAGUCUUCGUCGCCAUUCUCGGCUCUGCGCGUGACUCCAUCGUCUUCGUCAGGGGAGGAAGAUUCGCAGCCGCCUCCCAGUGAGGCGGCUGCGUCCACCGGUCCCCGCCGCCCCUUCGCUUCCUCACUCUUCCUCGUUCCGGACGGACUUCUUUCAGCCUCCCUCGUCCUCAUGACUUUCCACGUCUUCUCCAUCACCGGCCACCGAAUGACGUUCAACGACAUUCCGGUCGAAGCUGCGUUCGUCGGCCUCACGUCCUUCCACUCCGUCUACUCAAUCGUCCUCACUUUCCUCCACGUCUUCUUCCCCUUCCUGCUUCUUCCUCUCGUCUUGGCGGUCCUCGUCGCGCUCCGCUUCUCCCAUGAGGCGCACGCAACCUCUCAGUCUCGGCCUCCAUUGAAGGCCUGCGAGGCCGACCAGACACACGGCCAGAGGGGCGCCGCGGAGGAGUCGCAAGCCGGCGAAGCACAUGCGAGGGACCCGGACAAAGACCGACAAGGAGAGGCGUCUUUGUUGGCACAGGCGAACACAGCUGACGAGGGCCGCAAGCUAGAACUACAGGCGCUCUCCCUCGACUUUUCGCGCUUCGCUGUCGGGCUGAUUUUAUUUGCAGCUGUCCGUCACGCCAAUUGGAUGAUAUCGCUCUUCAUCCUUCGGCGGCAUUUGAUGGUCUGGUCCGUCUUCGCUCCCAAAUUCCUCUACGACGCCCAGGGACUCUUCACUGUGCACUUUGUUGUGUGUCUCUGCGCUGUCUUCGUUGGCGCCGUUGUUCGCAAAUGUCAAAGCCUGAAUCCCUAGACCCUAAAAGGGAGAAGCUGACGAGCGACGCGGGGACAGUUUGCCGAUCCCAAGCGGAUCUUCAGUGCUCAGCGGUUCCCGCGAGGGUGGCAGCUCGAGACCCACACACAGCGCUUUUUAUGUGCGCAUGCACUACUGACAAAGGCGCCUGCUGCGCCUGCAAAGGGACGUUUUUGGAGAAACGCAACUUCGGAAGGACGAGAUCCUCCUGGUUCCUUCUGGAGUCAUGUGUUCACACUGUCCUCUCCACAGUUGAUUUUUGUCAAAUUGUGCGUGUCCGAGCGACAUCCAUUUCAAUAGGUACAUCGCUGAACUCCCUCACCGGUCGCGCGUUUGUGUUGCGCGGUUGCGCGGUCGAGUUUUUCUCGAUUGCCGUCUCGCCAGGGUGUUUUUUUUCAAGUGGAUGUCUGAGCAUUUCAGUUUUCGCCGUCUGUUGCCACUCGUGAGGCGGCGGUAUUUGGCAGCUGUCGCUGUGGUUCGUGUCGUCGCUGGUGGCAGGCUCGUGUGUUGCCGUUCUGCCCCUAGGUGUAUCACAGUUCCUUCCCCUUGUUCUUGUGCGUGCCUCGCCUUCUUUUCUUUCACCUCCAUUUCUUCUCUUGGCGACCGUUUCUUCCCCGGUUUUCCCCGCCGCUGCUCUUCCCUUAGUGCCAUUUCUCUCGCAGACCGACCGCCUAGUUGCACGGACGUACAGUUACAUCUACCUGCAACUCGGCUGAAAAAUAGGCC